AUGCAGAAGACGUUGCUUCUUGUCUUUAUACACGGGUUCAAGGGUGGAGAUGAUACAUUUGCCACCUUCCCGGAGCACCUGCGUGUUGUUGUGAGCAAAGCAUUACCAAAUAUCGCCGUUCAAACGGCUGUGUAUCCCAAGUAUGAAACGAAAGGCGAUUUGAAAGAAUGCGUGGGCAGGUUCCGAGAAUGGCUGCAGAAUACCGUGAUUGACCUCGAGGUCGCAAAUCACACCGCAUCACCCACUGUUGAUCCCUCAGUGCAUGUGUUCCUAGUGGGACAUUCUAUGGGUGGAAUCGUUGCAGCGGAGACUCUGUUGCUGCUCGCAGCCGAGCAGCCUAUCCAACAGAGCCCGACUACAGGUGCACCGUCGGCUGCUCCGCCAGAUGAUCAUGCACAUGUUGUGGAACCUGGUACGUUUAUGUUCCCGCACAUCCAAGGAGUGCUCGCCUUCGAUACCCCUUACCUGGGGAUUGCACCGGGGGUCGUGUCAUACGGCGCAGAAGGGCACUUUCGAAACGCCACAACCGCCUACAAUUCAUUUACAGAAGUGGCUGGGCUCUUUGGCUACGGCGGAAAGAAGGGCGAGGCCGCCACCGGCACAGCCGCAAAGGAACCCGCCAAGGCACUGCCUGCAUCGAGUGAUGCUGCAGCAACGCCCUCCUGGCAGCGCUGGGGCAAGUACGCCAUGUUUGCUGGGGCCGCGGGGGCUGUGGCCGCCGGUGGAGCAGCAGCUUUGUAUUCCCAACGACAAAAUUUAUCAGCUGGGUUCAGCUGGGUCUCGUCACAUCUUGAAUUCAUAGGAUGUCUCGCACGGACGUCGGAGCUACGAAACCGUCUCGCCGGCUUGGCCAAGGUGCAGGAGGAUCGGGGUAUAAAUUGCGUCAAUUUCUAUACCUGCUUGGGCAACGGUGCAGGGUCCCUCGUCGAAAAUACUGGUUCAGGGAAGACAUCUUUCAGCCAGAAGAUCAUCCGGUCGAGAAAUAGGACCUUUUGCUCCCUUCCGCCUGAAGUCGAGCAUGGCGAAGGAACCGGCACCCCGGGUCUUCGUUGGACACGGGCUACAAAUGACAAGGCUCCAGACGAGGUCAACGCGCAUAUCAACAUGUUCCUUCCGAAAGAGAACCCCGCAUUCUUCGACUUGUUGGGCGACGCUUGCAAAUCAUUGGUCACCUCGGUAGACCAAGGAUGGUACAGUACUUCCAUAAGGCCCCCUAAAGCAGAGAACGGCAAGCCCCAGACGCAGUCGGUACCCCCGAUGACUUUAUGGACGAGGACGACGUUGUGGUUGUUGAUUGAAGCACCGAAUCCCAAU